UGCCCAUCAGUGCCACAUCAAUGCCACAUAUCAGUUCUCAUCUGAGCUGCCUUUCAGUGUCACCCAUCAGUGCCAGUCAGUGCCACCUAUCAGUGCCAGUCAGUGCCACCUAUCAAUGCCAAUCAGUGCCACCUAUCAAUGCCAGUCAGUGCCACCUAUCAGUGCCUGUCCUCAAUGUUGCCUAUCAGUGCCACCUAUCAGUGCCAUAUAAGAGUAUGCCUUUCAGUGCCCAUCAGUGAUGCCUGUCAAUGCCCAUCAGUG